ACGAUUCAUACUCUCCUCUCUCGUUCAUGGCCAAUCAGAUGCCGUCUCUUGGGCUAUGGCGGUAUCUCCAAGAUCCUUCGGCCCAGUCGCGGAAUGUUGGGUACAAUAUUCGUGCCAUUCCUCGCGGCCUGCAAGUUAUCUUCGGUCUUAACUGCCACUGUUCUCAACAUGCGCAGAACGCCCCCAGGAGCACUACAUCCGGCGACGGCGGGUCAUCUGCUGUGGAACAGGGCAGGUCCUCUUACGGCGCCCAGUCUCUGGAGGGGGUUUGGAAACUCGUAAACUUCAUGGACGGCCAGAGCACUUCCACACCAGUCGAGUCAUUCAAGCAGUUUCCCAAAGGAUUCCUUUUCUCCAUCUCUCCCCCUGGCUCCAAGGCCCCGGACCCUCCACUCCAACGCAAGUUCCGUGGCACCGGCGCCAUCACGAACGAGCUCGCAGACACGCCAUGUGCCUCACUUGGCGUAGCCGGGCUCCUGGGCGAACUCAACAGGGUCCUCGGCACUUGCUACGAGCUCGAAGAGGACAUCUCCGCCCUUCUCCGUGGCUACGUCAAAGACGGUUCCAUGGACUUCGGCAGGGCGUACGGCGAGCUGCGCCGAGGAUGGUUCUGCGACGUGGGUAAUCUGAAGAGUCGUCUGGAGAGUGGGAAGCGCCAAGAUGAGGAGAUCAGGCAAAAAGCUAUCGACCGGAAACGCGGGCUCAUCGUUAACCCCCGUAUCCCGCCGCGCCGAGUUUGGGACCUCUACAGCAACCGAGUCCUCCCCUUCUGGGUCCUGCUCUCGACCGACGUCCCGCGGAACCUCUGGGCGGUAUCUCACGCCUGGGUGGAGCUCAAGCAGAGACUGCUCGUCAAGACACGCAUCAACUGUAGCGAUUGGCCUGUUCCUAUCCCCGACGACGUUGACCUCGAGCAGGUGCGCGUCGAGCUGCUCAACUUGGGCGCCGAAUACGUCUGGCUCGAUGUUUUGUGCUUGCGUCAGAAGAUCCGCGGUGACGGAGAGUCCGAGAGUCCCUUGAGUGCACAGGAGACCAGGCUUGAGCAGCUACGGGAAGAGGAAUGGAAGCUCGACGUCCCGACGAUUGGCCAUGUGUAUAGGUGCAAGCCGUCGCAGGUCGUCAUCACGUAUUUCAGCGGUCUAGGCAGGCCAUUCUCCGUGUGCAACACGACCUUGGAGGAGCCACGUGCCUGGCUCAAUAGGGUCUGGACGAUGCAGGAGACGACCCCCAACUGGCUCCUCGGUGGGCUGACGUUACAACCAUUCGACGAUCGCGAUCAGACCAUCUCCGAUGUCCUGUCGAAGUUCCACACGCGCAUGUGCGGGCUGCUCAGCUCUCUUUCCUCCGAGAUCCCAGACAUCCUCGCACUGGUCACAUACCUGCUGAGCCGCAAGGGGACCCACGAUAUCGACUUCAUCGGUGCGCUCGGCUAUCUCUUGAAGUGCCCAGCCAUCCCGAUCUAUGACGAGGACCAGUCCGUCGAGGACGCUUGGGACCUGCUCCUUCAGCAGCUCCACCCGAAACAUCUUACCGACCUUCUCGUCAUGUAUCCUGACGCCGGCCAAGGGGAGCAACGAAAGUGGAGGCCGUCGUGGCGUCAGCUCAAGGAGUUCUGUCCCCCACGCACACUUCCAGUCAGCUAUUCGCAGCGCGACCUCCUCCAGUGCAUCCCCCAGAUCUCAUCGAGCCGUGGGCCCGCAUACUCGAAUUAUGCGUACGUCAUCCCACAGUGCUUCCUCGUCAACAUGUCCGAGGGCCAGGUGGCCAUGCAUGUCCCCAUUGGCCGUCUUGGCGCGAAGGGCAGGCCUUCCGAGAACUUCCGCGUCGAGCCUCUCGGGCAUCGGUACGACUCGUUCGAAGGGUACAGCGCCGUCGGGGUUGCUGACCUUGAGUACUGGGUGCUGGGCAAGAUCCUGGAGCGGGGGGACUCGGAGAUGACGUUCGAGAAGGUCGCUGUCUUCCGGAUUCAAGACCCCAGGGAGAGGGAGCGACUGUGGCAUCUGAACCCUGGGUACUCCGACACCAAGAUAUCUUAUGUUUAAGUACGCUAUUGCCCAUAACAGAUGAUAAUUCGAUGUAUAUUUACGUAAAACCAGGCUUAUUGUACGCUAGUAGUGUUUAUGUCGCGUGCGCCCGUGUCCGACAUGGAGACAUGCAGAAGUAAGUCUGUAAUCC